AUGGAUGAUUGCACAAAUGACUGUGUGUACCUGAGUGAAGAGGAGGAGAGAGUUGAGUAUGUGCUGAAUGACAUGGGCAGAAUCUACUAUGGAACUAAACAGCAGAUUGGCUGCAGAACAUGGAACUUUGGUCAAUUUGAGGAGGGAGUCUUGGCUGCAUGCUUAUAUGUGCUGGAGAAGAGUUAUGCCCUUUGCUCAGGAUGGGGAAACCCAGUUAACAUUUCCAGAGUGUUGUCUGACAUGGUUAUUGCCAACAAAGACUGUGGUGUGUUGGUGAGUAACUGGUCUAACUGCUAUGGAGAUGGAACUUCUCCCACAUCCUGGUGCGGCAGCAGUGCCAUCCUGAAACAGUACCACAAAUGUGGAGGAGUACCUGUCAAAUAUGGACAGAGCUUGGCCUUUGCUGGAGUCACCAACACACUGUUGAGAUGUUUGGGCAUUCCCACUCGUCCGGUCUCAAACUUCUGUUCUGCUCACGACACUGAUGUUUGUUUGACAAGUGACGUCUAUUUGGAUGAGAAAUUUCAGCUGAUUGAUGACAUGAACCAUAAUUCAAUCUGGAACUACCACGUGUGGAAUGAGGCCUGGAUGGCUCGUCCAGACCUGCCAUCUGGUUUUGGAGGUUGGCAGGUGGUUGAUUCCACUCCUCAGCUGACCAGCCAGGGCUUCUUCCGCUGCGGCCCCACCUCUGUUGCUGCCAUCCGCAGCGGACAGACCUUCCUGAAGCAUGACGUGCCCUUCCUUUUUGCAGAAGUGAACAAUGAUAAAGUUUACUGGCAGAGGCAAAGUAAUGGAACAUUUGGUGUUGUCCACGUUGAGAAGGAUGUAGUAGGUCACUGCAUCAGCACCAAGGCUGUCGGCUCAGAUAAACGUGUAGAUAUCACAAACCUCUACAAACACCCACUGGGUUCGGAGGAGAAGUGUGCUGCUUUGGAAACAGCCCUUCGUCACGGUUCCAGGAGAUGCACAUACCCACUGCCCUGCGCUGAGGAUGUUGUCUGUGAAGUCAGCCUGAAGGGUGAUGGACCGUGUGUGGGAAAAGAUGCCGUGCUUUGCAUCAAUCUGAAAAACAAAUGCAGCUCACCUCGUAGCGUAACCCUCUACAGACAGGCAGCAGCCAUGUACUACACUGGAGUCAGGAAGACCUUCCUGAAGAGAGACCAGACAUGCAUCGAGCUCAAGCCCUCUGAAUGCAAACCUCUGGAAUGGACCCUGAGUUAUGACGAGUAUAAGGAGCACCUGGUGGAUCACGCCCCACUGAUGCUCAACCUCUUUGGACAUGUCGCUCAGACUAAGCAGAUUCUGGCCACCCAGUACAGCUUCAGACUGCGCACUCCAGAUCUAGCCAUCGCUCCUGUUUGUGAUGCUGUCCUGGGUCAAGAAGUGCCAGUCAAAAUCACCUUCCAGAAUCCACUGCCUUGUGUCCUAAAGAACCCUGUUUUCCGCUUUGUGGGACUUGGACUGAAACAUCCCAGAGUUGUUAACUAUGGUGACAUUGCAGGACAUGCCACCGUGUGCCUGACGGAGAAAUUUAUUCCCAAGUGUCACGGCCCACACAAACUUCUGGCCUCAUUCGACUGUCCUCAGCUCACUCAGGUGCAUGGAUUCACCAACAUUGUGGUCAAACAGCACUGUUAAACCAAUCAAAUAACCAAACGAGAAGAAAUUUUCAUUGGAAAAGAAAGUGUUGUUGACUAAAUGCUUCAGUAAAACUUUCACAUGAUUUGCAGACUGAAUUAACACUGUUUCACUUCAUCUACUAAAGACAAAUGUUACAGUUUGAUUGUGGUCUUCAAACUUGUUCUCCAAAUAUUGUGAUUUUCAUCCUGUUGAUUAAUAAUUUCCUAUCUUUAAGCAAUAUAUUGGGAUAAGGGAUUAGUAAUUCCUUCUAAUGCAUAUUAUGAUGAUGUCUGAAUUAAUGAAAUACAUAAAAGAGCUGAGGUGUCCUUGUCUGCGUUUAAAUCAAGUCUAAUUAUACCUGAGAGAUUCAGAUUUAGGCUACAUCAUAUUAAUCAUUAUCUAAUCAAUUACUAUUUCCUGGGUUCUUCUUCUCAUGCUAAUUAUGUUAAUGAAAACCUUUGAAACACAUGUGGUUUUAUGAUGUUUAUGUACUCUUACUCGCUUUGUUAAUCUUGUCUAUGUGCAGU